CUCAUUAAGAGGAACCUCUCCGAGAUCCAGCAGUUCAGUUCGCCGAGGAGAGAGUUCGUAUCCAGCCUGAAUUAGAAGAGGGGAGCUAAGUGCAAGAGAGUCAACUGCGCUUUCAGCAACUGAAAGUUUUGUUGUUUAACGUUAGUGUCCCGCGUUCUCUAAUUCUAAAUCGCCUACAAGAAUGGAAUAUUGUGCAACACGUUAGAACCGCGAUCAUAUGGACAACUUCUAGAACUACGUAUAGAAAUCGAUCGACGGUCAACAUGGUCUAAAGGUAUUGCUUUGGGGAAAGUGAUAUCUUUAUUUACAGAUUUGAACCCGGUAUGGAACCUGAAGAGAACCGCAAUUAAAGGACCAGCUACUGGAUAUCUUCUGAGACUUAUAUCAACUUUUGACUGACAAGGAACGCCUGGGAGAGAGUUUCGCCUGGUUUUUGUAUUCAGCUCUCCCAGAAAUGGUGGGGCACCUACAUUUACAAGCUAUGGAUGACAGUCUAAAAGGAAAGAACAGGGAAGGGUUGCUCGACAGUCCGGAUUCUGGGCUUCCCCCUAGCCCAAGUCCGCCCUUCUAUUCCCUGUCCCCGGCACUGCUAGAGACGCGAUCCGCCAGCUGCACAACUUCGGCUGAACACCAUGGAGACUAUAAGAAGAAGGAGAGCAAAGAAGGCAAGCUGCUGCCUUAUCUCCUCCUGAACUCCACGGGAUUGGACAUCAAGGCUCGUAUGCACCCUGUGUUCUUUGGUGAGAGCAUCAAGGUGAACCCAAAACCAGAGCAAGAGAUCAGGUGCAAUUCGGAGGUGAAAUACGACUCGGACAAGCACUACCGGGACCAGGUGUACUGCGCGCCGGUUCCCACGGUGACCUCCUACAGCGAGACCAUCGUGGCGGUGCGCAACUGCACGUGGCGGAGCUACAAAUCGGAGCUGCAGUUCGAGCCGCGCCAGAGGCCCCUGCACUUCCAGAGCACCACCAUCAUCUUCCCCAAGCACGCCAAGAACAUUUACCGCACCACGCUCCACUACAACGCCUCCGGGACCCGCCGCUGGUUCGUCUCCAGCGUCCAGCUGGAGUCCAGCGAGGACGCCAGCCCCUGCAUCAUCUACACAGAGGACAUGUAAAAUAUACAUAUAUAUAAUCCCCUUUGCCCCUCGCCGUACCCAUCUCCCCCCCUGGGUAGACAAAGUAUGUGUGUGAGAGAUGGCUGAGGGAACCUUUUCUCUGGGUGUAUAGGUACUUGAAAAUAUGCAUAUAUUUUGCUUCACAUAUAUGCUAUUAGCGACCAAGUAUUUAAUUAUUUAUCUCACUUUUGACUCGCAUUUGAUCUACCAAGUUAUUGGUCGAGGCUAAAUGGAUAAAGGGAAGGUAACAAGUGACCCAUGUGUUACAAUACCCGCGUUUCCCAUCAGUCCACGGGCAUGGCUUCAUUUCAAUGCUGAAAUGCAGGGAUUUAACGGACAUGGGCUUUGCCCAUCAGGGGUACCAUAUGGCAGGCAGAAACAUGAAAACCUUAGCAAGCAAAUUAAAUAAGCAUUUAAACUCCUACUCUUUAUUCUGCACCAAAGAAGAAGAACGAAAAUCAAUGAAAAGCAGUGAGAGCCAAUUCACUCUGGAGAGACAUUCAGAGGAAAUGGGUUAGAAAUGUGAAAGGCAGCAUCAACGCUGCGCUGAGAUUUACCAUGUGCAUAAUGUGCGUGUAUUCCGCAUAAUGACCGAAUCAGGCUUUCAAGACCACUGCAUUCUCUUGACAUUGUACAGAAAUUAGAGCAGUUUCAUUUUUUAAAAAUUAACAUUUAAACAGGAGCAGUGCGAAUACAAAUAAGAACACUUGUCCAGCCAGCCGAACGGCCGUAAGAAACCUGUUUAAAUGAAAGAUGUGUGGAAGUCUGCUUGUAUCAGCAGUAAAGUGGCAAUGGGUCCUGUGCUAGCUGUGCUUCCUGGCUCAUUCAUCCCAUUUAGCGCAGCGGAGUCCCAUAAACAUUGUAGUCACCACCUCCCCAUGUCCAGGAACGAUGUUGGUUAAGCUAAAUUCCUUAAAGGCUUGAAAGUACUAGUCUGGGCUUUUUUAUUGCUCGCAUAACAGUGGCUGAUGCAUCUCGCUGGCUGUAAAAUUUUAUACGGAGCAUAAAGCAUUCUGGGUUGGAAUGCAACAGCGAACAGUGAAUGCGAUCUUGAACUCAUUACCGUCUUGGAGGAGGGGAUUUGGGGGUGAUUUGAGGUGCGCAUCGAAACUCCCGUCAUUUUCAGUAUGAAGAUUUCCUUUAUUACUAGACGAAUUUGAUGGUGUUGGCGAGGGGAAAGGAAAACAAAGUUACGUUCGCAGGCGUGUCAAAGGUUGGACCGAAGACAUCACACUGGGGAGGUCUCUGCCCUCUAAGCAAUCUCAGCCUCUCUCAGUGUUAUCAGGUUCCCAGAUGGUCACGACUGAUAUGGUUAGCGCCGCAAGCUGGAACAUCUCUCAGCGCUGACAGGCUUUCCUGCAUCAAACAGCCAGGGAACCCGAUAUCACUGUUCUUCAAAGCUUGUGUGAGCAACUCGGCCAAUCUCGCAGUUCCAACCGUUGUGAUCUCACCGACGCGUUUACAGUGUGUGCACUGAAUCUGGAGUGACUCUGAAUCGGGAUCGGUUGGGCCAGUCUGGCCGUGGCACACUGCAGUGAGGCCCCUUCAGUGCGUGUGCUGUAAGAGUAGGACGUGCAGUGCUGGGGGAGCCGUUUAAGAAAAGCAGAGUUUAUGUUAUGUUUAAUGUGGCUGGGGCCUUGGCUUAGCUCAGGACCCAGGGACAGACAAGAAGCACUAUGAACAGCAAAUCUGCCUUUUACGGCUUGUCAGCACUGCGGACGAAUGCUUUGAUACUUUGUUAGUAGAAGCCUGUUUCCCACCUGGAACAGUGUGAACGUAUAGGCUUGAUCGGCCAAGGAGAAGAAACGGGCUCACAGAUUUCCCGUGUUCCUUUAUUUUAAUGUUUUAAAAAGAAAUAGCUUACCGUUAAAAAGAGAUGUCGUAUUCACGUCGACACGCUGUCAUAUUCACAUGAAUACAACAUGACCUGCCAAACAUUUCUAAUUUUGGAAAAGGGUUACCUAUCACCCAGAGAGGGUGAGAGCGAUGGAGACAGAGAAAGAGACUGAGUGUGAGAGAGAGAGAGAGAGAGAGAGCGAGCACGCACUGUAUCUACCCUGAGGAACACCAAGUUCAGAGAGAACGAUCCUAACUUUUUCCAGUGCACAGAGUCUAAUGAAAGGAUUUAAUCAUAUUUGUCAUCUGUCCGUCUUUGUUGUUUGCGUUGCAAAAAUGUGGACUUUGGCAGUAAAGCGCUCCUGGCAGUAGGAGCUGGGAAUUGUACUUUAAAUGGUGACCAAAGUUUGAGUGAGAGAAACAGACAGAAUUACUAGACUACCCAAGGGUUAAAAAAAAAAAAAAGCACAUUGUUUCUCAGCGCAAGAAAGAAAUAAUCAAAGGUUGAAUUUAAAACACGCGCACGGACGGCAAAGGACAUCUGUAAGUCUGACAUCCCUGCAUUCUACCCGCCAGACUGCGUUUUCUUUAUUUUGAAAAGAAUGAGAGGAGGGAGGAAAAAAGUCUCAGACAGACAUGGCUGCUGUGCACGGGAGGGGGGCGGGCAGGGGCAGCUCUACAGAAUAGUGGGGUUGAAACCCAAAGAAAGGGGGCUUAAUGUCUAAAACAGAUCUCUCACGUACAGUAGGUGAGCCAGCAGCGGGUCCCAGCACUCUUACGUUAGACAUCUGAACGGACGGUCAUACAGCAGAAAGGGGUUUGUCAUUGUGUGUGCGUGUGAGUGUGUAGCAGGGGUGGUUAUGGGCUGGAAGUACUCGUGCGCAGAUUCAGAUGCUGGAACUGAUCCUGUGUAGCACUGAGACUGGGAUGGAAGACCAGCUCUGACUGUGACUGUCUGUGACUGUGUCUGUGUUCCCCACAGAGACAGACUGUCCCAGAGUCCUCCCUUUUACCUCUGUUUUGAACAUCCUAGGCCUGCUGCGGCCCUUCUGGAGAGCACAGAAAGUAGAGUAUAAAGGACAUGAAGAGAACCAAAAGGGGUCACAUUCUGUCUCCCCCCAACAUUUACUGAUAUGUAUAUAGUUUUUUGCCCCAAGUUGAAAUCCUAAAUUGCGACCCUCACCAGUAUGUUGUGUGCCUUAGAGCAGUCAAGCGACUUCCUAAACCAUAUCAUACCCAUCUAUCAUCGACUGGGCUUUGAGAGAGGAAGAGAAAACAUACAGGAAAAAGUGAGGUACGGUGUUCUAAAGCGAUGGGGCACAGUUCUAAUGUAAAAUACUCCCACAGAAGUGAGAAAGCACACUUCCUGUCUGAAAUGCACUCCCGGGGUUCGCUUGACGUACAGAGGGAGCUGCAGAUUCGGUUUAUCUUGUCGAGCCUUGCGGCUCUGACCUGCUAUGCAGCCCACUUGUGUCCUUUUCUCCUUGGUCUCCGUUUCACGGCCUUACCUUGGCCCUCAUACCCUUGCUUUGGAAAAAUAUAGUUCUUCUGUGGCACUCUGGUGAACAUGACCAUAAAACUGACUAUGUGAGCUAGAAGACAGCUGAAAUCAGUCACAGGAAGCCAGUAGUGUAACACAGUAUGUAGCUAAUAAUCUCUAAACUGAAAAGCUUAUGUUUCUGUUAAGUUUUCUGUUAAAUUUCCUUUGGAGUAUUCUUUUCAGAUUAUUUUUAUUUUGGAUUGAUAGAUCGGUGUUGUGUCUGACCUGACAACUUACCUUUUUGUCUGUCUUAUAUAUAUUUGAAUUAUAAAAGUUUAAAUAUCGAAUCUGGAAUAUUGAAUUUCUUACCUCAGUUCUUAUUUUAUUUUAAGUUAAGCUUUUUUUUCAUUAUCUUGAAAAAACAAAGAAACAAAAAAAAAACAAUACUGUAUUCCCUUGCUUUCGGUUUGAAUGCUAAUAUUCACUCUUUCGAUGACACCGUAAAGUUGAAGAGUUACGCAUUUGUUUUAGUCUUUAAACAAGCAAGUAAGAAGUAACAUGUGACAGGACAAAGGGAGUGCAUUCAAGUUAUGUUGAAUUUAGUCAACAUACUUAAAAAGACAAUGCGUUUUCAAGGUGUUUGCGUACGGACGGCUAUAGCUGAAAGUCGGUUAAAAGGAAUGAUCUGAAAUGUGUAAUGAGAGUUUGAAGAUGGAAGCAAGACCAUUUGCUAAAGUCACAAUUGGCUAUCGUUGGCUAAUGUCUGUCACUGCACAGUCAGCUCACUGCAUGCUAAAUUUGCAGUGAAAGCUGGGCUGUAAUUGUGACCAAGUCUGACAUGUGGCGUCACUGGAUCACUCGCCUUGUAGAGGUUGGAGGGGAAGUGAUGGAUUAUGGUCUUUGCUUAGAGUCACGACGAGAGGCUCGGUAAGAUGUCGAGGGUAAGAGCGAUGUGAUGUUCAGGAAUGAGAAUGGGUGGGAUGAAAGUGUGGAUGAAAAGGCAUUGGGUUUGCUUCUGGUGUAAAUUGCUUUUAAUAACUGAUUUUUUUUGUUUGUUUUUGUUUCCUAACAUCUUGACAAUUAAUGUUCUUGUAAAAUACUUUCAUGUUGUAUAUGUGGCAAUAAGGCACUUCAUAAUUAUCUUUAUAUUUUUGUAUAUUUUCCCAAGUCUGUGCUCUUUCUUUGUUUUGGACAACAGAUGAGAAAAUAAUUUAAAGAGACAAAUGUAUAUCUUAAUAAAAAAACAAAGCCCAAAA